AUGCAUAUAAACGACUGGAAUAGCGGUUCGGAAAAUCAACAUGUUUCCCUAAAAGCUGUUUUUGUACUUCUCGCCGUUGGGCUUCAAAAGCCAAACCCGAAGUCCAAGGCAAAGGACCAUCAAGAUGCCUUGUCAAAGCGACUUGCACUUUGGAAGGACGGUGAGAUCAGUAAGCUAAUACGUGAGGGACGAAUCAUACAAAGUCGUAUUGGAAAAUUUAAAGGAUCAAACCACCCUGAUAAAGCUAAAGUCUUUGCUAAGCUUGUGCUAGAAGGUCAAAUCAACUCCGCCCUUCGCUUCCUGAGUGAAACCUCAAAUGGCGGCGUGUUAACGUUAACUGACGAUGUAAUGACGCAAUUAAAACAGAAGCAUCCUGAGCCACAACCAGCAAAACUAGGAUCGGUAUUAUUUGGCCCGCUCAAUGACGAGAUACCCGAAUCUGUUUACUCACAGAUCAAUGGUGAGAUGGUUAGACAAGCCGCUUUGAGAACAAAGGGAUCCGGAGGCCCGUCUGGUGUCGAUGCUAACGGCUUUAGAAGAAUGUUGGCAUGUAAGUCCUUUAAGCAAUCAUCUACAAGACUGUGCGAAGCUAUAGCCAGAAUGACCAAGACUUUGUGCACACAAUAUAUCGAUCCUACUACUAUUGAAGCAUUGAUUGCUAGUCGUUUAAUUCCCCUAGACAAAGGCCAAGGUGCGGUAAGACCUAUCGGAGUAGGAGAGGUAAUAAGAAGGAUAAGUGCAAAAUGUGUUAUGAGCUUUGCAAAGAAGGACGUUGUGGAAGCAAGUGGAUCGUUACAAUUAUGCGCUGGGCAAAAGUCUGGAAGUGAGGCUGCAAUACAUGCAAUGGAACACCAUGUUUGA